UAGUCACUGAAAUUACAAGAACUAUGAGUAUUACUAUUUGUACUAGUUCGUUUUAUAAUUAUGUAGCUAUAGCAAUACUGCGAAACAGUAAUACUUUGCACCCAGAAAAGUGUCCAAAAGACAUUUAAUUUUCUCGGAACUUUUUGUAGGUAUUUUUCUGAUUGUGAAAUAUUCACUGUGAAUCUUAUCUGCUCUUACCCUCAGUAACACAAAAGACAUGAGCAUCCUUUAUGGAGAGAGACAAACAACCGCAAACAAAAAGUAGGACAUGAGCAGAUGGCCUCUUGCCACCCUCACAUCCCAUCUCACUGACCUUAUAAUAUAAAAGGCCAAAACACAGUUGGGUUUUACUGUAAAUUUCACAGGGAAAGGCUGCCCUUUGUUGAUGACAAGACAGAGAAUUAAAGGUGCUCUCAUAAUAAUGGAGAAGUGCAGUGGCCUUUCCUCUAACCAUUUGAGAUCGAGGGUCUUAUAUUCUUUCCUGUUUGCAUGGUGGGCCUCAUAUGUAUUCCAAUUCAAAAGCUGCUUUAUAUUUAUGAGGGAAACAGACAAAAUAAAUGAGAAGAUAUUAUCAGAUGUGAGGUCUGAUGAACAGCUGAGCAGCUCUGGUUGAUUCAUUAUUUAAGAACUUGGUUUGUAUAGUUGGUGAGACAGAUUAACCUGUGCUUUGCACAAACACUUUGUCUCAUGAUAUAUUGAAGGCCAGAGACUUGAAGGUGCAAGGAUUGCCAAGUGGGUUUUGAUUCUAUGCGCAAUUAAGAGAUGGGUUUCUUUGUUCUUUUCAUGGAAGGAUCAUAUAGAGCAAGAGAUAUCAUUGGGUUUUCAGGGUGAAGAGAAGAGGAUUGUCAGUUGUCUACAAACAGAAACUGAGGUCCUGCUCCUACUCGAGGUUUCUACCUUUUGUUUGGGUUUAUUUACUGUUUUUUUAGUUUGUUUCUCUAGUACCAGUAAUGGAGUCUGCCCUUGGAGGUUCAGAAGAAUGUGGCAGCAGUGAGUCUGGUUGGACUAUGUAUAUUGCCUCCCCAAUUCAUGGAGAUAGCAAUUAUGAGUAUGAUGAUUAUGAUGAUCUUGGCACUGAUAAAAAAGGAGAUGACAACAAUGAUGGUGAUGAUGAUGAUGAUGAUGAUGAUGAUGAUGAUGAUGAUGAUGAAAGUGAUGAUUCUAUGGCUUCAGACGCCUCUUCUGGACCAAGCCAUCCAGAACUUCCAUAUGGAAGUACAAAGGGAAGUCGCGUAUUGGGUCAUUUCAAGCUUGAAGAUCAGAGUAAGGGUUCCACGGGCAAGAAACCUUACAAAAAGGGGAAGAAAACAUUUGAAAAGAGGACGACAAAAGCAGAGAAGGAUGUUCCCGGCAAUAAUGCAAAGGUUUCAGAAAGAAGAGCACAAUCCAUGCCUAAAAGUUUAGUUGGAAGGUUGAAUCAAGAAAUGUGAUUGACAGUUAGAUAGCUAGCACAUGCAUAUGUGGGAUGUACAACUGUGUUUUCAUGUAUUUUUAUGUAACACAUGCAUAGUUUACGUAUUCUAUUGUGUAGACGCCUGUAAAUGUAUGUGUACAGUGUGGCAACAUUUAUCACAUAACUUGCUUCUUAUUGGUAUUAUUAUAACUUAAAAGAUAGAGAAUAGAGUAUAGAGGUAAAGGGCAGUAUAGUGAUUCUGAUUUUA